GCUUUCAUCACCGCAACCAUAACCGUAGCAAUAACAAUAACAAUAUAAAAUUAAAUAAUAAAUUGAUCUUUUACUUGGUAUUACGAAAGUUUUUAUGAAAGAAAAUGAAUAUGGAUUCGCACUUACAAGAAGACUUGUCAACCAACAACGAGAAUUUGUAUACGAAUGAAUUGGGUAUUCCUCCUCCAAGACAGGAAAACAUUACAGAGUUAAGUCGCUAUUUUAUUGAUUUAAGAGGCGCAGUCAAUGAAAAAAGCUAUCUAUUUCAAAGGCAUGAGUUAGAACAAGGUCUUGAACGAAUUACCUUACGAACCAGGGAAAUGAAUUUUGAAAAGGACUAUCUUUACAGUAAUUUACGCACGCUUGAACAGAUAAAGCUAGUUGAGAGACGUCUGAAUCAUUACAAAUGUUUAGAGGAGUCUAAUAAUGAUCAACCUCCACAAUGGUUUAUUAACUUCUUUAAUGAUCCUAAUGUUGGAUUUCUUGCUCUUAAAAGGGAAAUGGUAUCCAUGGAUGCCCGUCAAAAUCAACGGCUGGAAGCAUUAGAAAACCGUCAAAAUCAACGGCUAGAAGCACUGGAAACCCGUCAAAAUCAACGGCUGGAAGCACUAGAAACCCGUCAAAACCGACGGUCGGACGUAAUAGAAGAAAGUCUACGUAGUAUCAAUCAGAAACUGAGCAAGCAGGAGUAUCGAUACUAUAGAUUACACAACAUACAGUUGAGAUCAUUGGGGAAGUCUAUUGAUGUUGUUCCAUUUGUAAAUGGCCAAGAACCAGACUUUGACCUGCCUCAAAUUCAUUCAAUUGAGGAUAUUGAGAACUUGACAAAAGAUCAAUGUACUCGUUAUCUUGACGGCUAUGGAAUCCAGUAUGGGCCAAAUGAGACGAUAAAAUUAAAGGAGCGUCUUCGUAAUGCCGUUGGAUUAGAGUCCUUGGGAGAUAGCGAAUUUCUUUUAUCUGGGUUUCGUUGACUUUUGGGCGUUUUCAAACAUAUUGAGUCAUCUUUUGAAAUGUCUGUCUAUAAGCAUACUACUGUUCGAACUAAUACAUUCGUUUUAUUAUGUUUUCGUCAGUAAUGCGCCGGACGAUGCUUCGAAUUAAAUCUCUCCUCUCCUAAUACUUUAAAACGAAACUAAUUUCCUAAUAUUAAUAGAUUACCAA